AUGUCUUCAAACAGCCGUGUCGCGAGCACACUCUACUCGCAGGAACUCCAGCCCUAUAGUCCCGCGAGUCCGUAUGGAGCCAUUGAAGAGGACAAGCUCAACACACAUCUGACGAGUCCUUUGCCGAUUAAAAGGCAAACGCGUUCCCGAAACCCGCCUGGUGUUGGUGUCUAUCGAAGUAUUAGCUGGAUACUGGGCUUUCACGAAAAGUACUCACUUUUCAAUUGCUUCAUCUGGGGUGGGGCCCUCGUCGGAUACUCCCUUGCUCGCAGCGUCACUAUGAAUCCAUCAAAACUCCCUGGUUUGUUAGUCCCAGGUGAAUGGUUCUGGUUUCAGGCGCCGAUGUACAAAAUCAAUCUGCUCAUCCACAUCUAUCUUACGACAUUUGGUGGCCUCACUGCCGCACUUCAGUUUCUCCCAGCCAUUCGCAGACACAACGUGCUCCUCCAUCGUUUGAAUGGCUACGGGGUACUCUUCUGUUUAAUCGUAGGUAACAUCUGUGGCGCUAUCGUCGGCCGUCGCUCGUUUGGUGGUGAGCUCAAUGCCCAGUCAGCAUAUUACAUUCUCGGCAUCAUGGUCGUCUAUUCCGGAGUGCUGGGGAUUUACAACGUCAAGAAGGAUACGAGAAGACACAGGAAGUGGAUGCUUCGUAUGGUGGCCUACUUUGCAGCCGUGAUCACGGCUCGCCUCAUUUCGCUGGCUGCAAAGGUGAUAGUCACGGAUAUCGGUACCUAUUUCUCUGUCUGGCGGUGCGACGAGGUGUUAAAUUUACUUACUGAUGCUGUGGCGCGAGAAAGAGACUUUCCGCAAUGUGUUGCAGCGGGUGUGGAUCCCCAAAGUGUAUGGGUCACUGUCCACGCUUCAACGCGGGAGGGAACGCUUUAUGCCGCAUCAUCGGUCCGUGCUGUAAUCGGCAUGGCACUCUGGAUUGCGACACUCAUCCACAUGGCUGGCGUUGAAUGCUAUAUCAUUCUCACCGAGCCUGCCAAUCAAGUACGACUUGGCUAUGCGCUGGAGCCCAACGAAGAUUCGAAUGGACCUUACUGA